AUGGUUGAGUGGGGUUAUGUUCCCCCAGCUGAUCAAAAUGGCAUUAUACUGAGUUAUACAAUAACCUACUUGGCGCUUCCUGGUGGCAGUCCGCAAAUCAAGUUAGUCAAUGCCCCAACAACUAAAGCAACACUGACGGGUCUUAAUGAGCUCACCAACUACAGCGUCACAGUUUUUGCCUCUACUGUCAAAGGAGAUGGAAAUGUCAGUGAGCCUCUCACUAUUCGCAUUGAUGAAGACAGUAGGUUUUCCAAUUGAUUUUUCCAAUUAAUGUAUCUGUCCAUAGCAGAAAUACGAAUUAUAAUUGCUUUUCAGUACAAAGGCUUGUUUUCCACUGAGGGUGGCAGAUUCGAGAUCUUUUCUUCCCUUGCCCAUAUAUAUAUAUAUUUUUUUUCUGAAGCACAAAUCUUUAACUGCCUAGGAAGUAGCUAAAUGACAUAUUCUUAUGGUAAAUUCGAUAUCCUAAAACAGUGAUUUUCUUGCAAAAUAAAGCUGCUGUAACAAAAUUAUUUACCAAACGCACUUUUCCAAGAAAUGAAUAUUGGAAACAUUUUUUCUUUAAUAUCUUGAAUUUUACUUCUUGUUAGCUUUAUCUUUGGUCCUUCGUAAGUGUUUUGUAGAGAUAUGUUUUCAAGUGAUAAGCAAAAAAGAAAUCCAUAGAAAUGAAGGCAUAAUAUGUUCUUGAAAGAGACAUGGAAUUCCCCAAGUACCUUAGGUAGAUAAAACAGAGGUACCUUUAGAGAGAUGACACUUAAGGGAACAUGGAAAUUGCCAUGUACCUUUAGGGAGAUAACACAUAAGGAACAUGGAAAUUUCCAUCUACCUUUAAGACGAUAACACAUAAGGGAACAUGGAAAUUUCCAUGUACCUUUACGGAGAUAACACAUAAGGGAACAUGGAAAUUUCCAUGUACCUUUAGGGAGAUAACACAUAAGGGAACAUGGAAAUUGCAAUGUACCUUUAGGGAGAAAACACAUAAGGGAACAUGGAAAUUUCCAUGUACCUUUAAGGAGAUAACACAUGAGGGAACAUGGAAAUUUCCAUGUACCUUUACGGAGAUAACACAUAAGGGAACAUGGAAAUUUCCAUGUACCUUCUACGGAGAUAACACAUAAGGGAACAUGAAAAUUUCCAUGUACCUUUAGGGAGAUAAGACAUAAGGGAACAUGGAAAUUUCCAUGUACCUUUAAGGAGAUAACACAUAAGGGAACAUGGAAAUUUUCAUGUACCUUUAGAGAGAUGACACAUAAGGGAACAUGGAAAUUUCCAUGUACCUUUAGAGAGAUGACACAUAAGGGAAACUUAAGGGAACAUGGAAAUUUCCAUGUACCUUUAGGGAGAUAACACAUAAGGGAACAUGGACAUUUCCAUGUACCUUUAGGGAGAUAACACAUAAGGGAACAUGGACAUUUCCAUGUACCUUUAGGGAGAUAACACAUAAGGGAACAUGGAAAUUUCCAUGUACCUUUAAGGAGAUAACACAUAAGGGAACAUGGAAAUUUCCAUGUACCCUUAUGUGUUAUCUCUGGAACAACAGACUGAACGAUUCUGGUAGUUGUAGUGAAAUGACUUUAUCGUAUAAUUGUCCUAUUAGCCCUCAAUUCAUUUACUUCCCAUGCGUCUUGCUGGACAACUAGUUAGUUGGUAGUUUGAACACCCAUAAUAAUUCACCUUUAAGUUUUUUAUUUAUAAUUUAUUCUUUAUUUUAUCAUUUUUCUUUAACAGGUUAUUUUUUUGAUAAAUGGAAAAGCAGUUCAUUGUUCACCUGAUUGUUGGAACUUCAGUGACAACAAUGACCCGCGCUCUUUCUAAACUAAUGGAAAGCAGCGUUUUUCUACGCGCUCGGUCAUUAUUUUGAAGAAGUCCCCGGAGCUCAGGCAUUAUCCCAUUUACCAUACAGAUUUCUUUUGUUGGUUAGCCUUAGAUCUGUUCAAACGAAUAAGUUUCUCAUGAAAAUUUCCCGUGGUUUGUAACAGGUAAUUCGCCAAUAAAGAUUUGACACUGAAGAUAACUACCGCACAGGUUGUCGAAACGUCAGUCACUGUCAACAACAACAGUCCUAUUCAGGACUACGUUCACCCAGACGAUCAAACUCAACCUACUUUUCAAAUGAGUCCUGGGUUGAAACCUUUCACAAAGACUAUUUUGAUGACCUCAACUCCCUUUCCGGUUAAACCUGUUUUAGCUUAUCCGGUUUAACCUGCUGAAGUUAACACCAAAGUUUAUCUCAUCUUAUCUUGAUUUACAGACAACCCUAACUAUAUUCCCGGAGAAUCCAUACCCGUGGAGGAGUUCGAAGGUCACGUGCGUCGCCUCCAUGCAAAUGGCGAUCUGUUGUUCUUUCAAGAAUACAGUGCUCUUCGUCCCUCUGCGGACUUUAACUGGAAAGCCACGCUAGCGCAAGAGAACAGAUUCAAGAACCGUUACAAUAAUAUUGUUGCCUAUGACCAUAGCCGAGUUUUCCUGACGCCCUUACAGAGGGUAUCUAGGUCAAUAGAAAAAAGAGGGCUUACAUCGCUGCUCAGGGACCCCUCCCAGAGACAGUUGACGACUUCUGGAGAAUGGUGUGGGAGCAAACCACAAACACCAUUGUUAUGGUUUGUAUUCAUAAAUAGGGCGUUGGCAAUUUUAUGGUGCAAAAAUUCCCAUAGUUUCUAGCCCAUGGCUAGAAACUACUUCUUUUCGCCUUUUGCUAGAAAAUAACAAAUUCCUUUCAGAUUUUCUUAGUAUUUAAGAGCGAUUUUCCCCGAUUCGACGUUGUUGGAUGUGUUCAAGUGGCUUCAAGGCCACAGACAAUGCGCACAGUGGCCAAUUCUUGUUGAUCUCGAAAAGUGACCGUAGGCCAAUCAAAGAUUGGGACGACUCUCUUUGUAGAAACGAAUUUUUCGGAUCCCACGUCCAUGCCUGCUAACAAAAGAAGAUGCUGUCGCUAUAUUUGGCAGUGGCACAUCUCCCAUAAGACCACUUCUUUGCCCCCUCCUACCCCCUCCCCCUCAAAAAAAAAAUUUAAUUUCUCUUUAAUCUACUGAAAUACCAUUUUUUUGGGGGGGUGGGGGGGGGGGUGGGGAACAUAAGGUUUAUUGAGGGAGAUGUGCAAAUGGCGAAUAGACAUCUCUUGUCGGCUGUUCCACUUGUUUAGAUAUGCACCAGUAGUUGAAAACAAAUUUCACUUUUAUGAGUUAUAACUCUGUAUGCAUUCCCUCCCAGGUAACAAGCUUGGAAGAGCGAGGUCGCGUGAAGUGCCAUCAGUAUUGGCUUCGGAGGGGGAUCCACUUACGGUGAUAUUCAAAUAG